AUGUCUCAGCCCAAUGCAGUUAUGCAGCGCAUGGCAACUCGACCUAAGAAUGCAACUCAACAUCCUGGAUGUAUCUUGAUUGAAAGUCAGGGAAAGAGACAUACCGCUGCUCAGAAGGCUGCUGAUGACCAGCAUGAAAAGGAGGCAAAGGAGGCAAGUAAUAAAGCUGUGCAGGAAAGUUAUCAGUGUAUUGCAACUAUGCAAGCACAGAUGCAGGCUGAUCAAGAUAAUGCCCAUGUUGACACACCUAAGCCUAAGCAUCCUCGUGCAUGCCCAGUGGGGAAGGCUGCAAAAACCUCGAAGACCCCCGACUCAACUAUGGAUGACUUGGAGGAGGAGCCAGUAGCAGCAAAAUCCCAGAGAAAAAAGGCCACCAAACCGCUGGUGAGAGAUGUGAUUGAAGUGUUAAACGCUGGCGUCAUUAUUGAGUCAUUUGACAGAUCAACAAAGGCACGUGAUGCAAACGUUCAGAAGCUUCAAUUGGAUAUUCCCAAAAAAAUUUCAUAUUCUGGACGUAUCCCGGGGUGGGUAUCGACUGUUCCUGCAAACACCUCAAAGCCAUCCUCCAUGUCCAAGGUUGCUACUACACACCCACGCAGUACUACUACUUUCUCUAAGCUCACAAGAGGGAGCACUAUCAGCAGCAAUGUUCCACCCCCCACACCCAUCAGUAUUCCCAAUGCUGGGUCUACUUUCUCGAACCUGUAUGCAUCUAACAUUGAUGAGGAUGAGGAGCUGUUCAAUAAACCUCUUUCUGGUUUCACAGGCAAAAAGGCUUUAACUUUCCAACCAAAACUGCAGAUCGCGUCCAAAGCUCUUGACAAUGUUUUCCCUCAUGGUGCAACCUCAGAACCUGAUCCAAUUGAGGAUGCCAAGCACGCAGAAGUCCCCAGUGAUAUCUGCGACCAAAUUAUCUUCAUGAAUUCGGGUAUUGGCGACAUCACCCCUCCACAGCUUGCCUUCCUGGGGGACUAUAAGUCUGAUUCCGAUGCCAGUCAUGAGCUACAGGCCGCGGAUUAUGACUCCGACCUUGUACCUCCACCCCUCGCCCAAAAACCCACAUCUCGCUCCGUCUUCCCAGUGGAUUAUGAGUUGCUGGCUGCAAGCCAGAAGUGGAAACAGCCACCUCUUCUGAGUGAUGACGACUUAUUGUCGCUGUCAUCUGAUGAUGAAAUCAUGGAGGUCACUAAUGACUGUAUGAUCACAAUUAAGGCUGAACCUGCUUCUGAACCAGUGUCCAUGCACCGGUUGACAUCUAUGACCAACAUUGCUACCACUCUCAAAGCCCCUCCAGUGAAACGGCUGAAAUCCAAAUCGUCCACUACCACUAUAACUGGUUCCCAUCGUGCUAUCGCCACUCCCUCCAAGGCAAUUGCAUGUUCUGCAUUCAGGAAGAAGCAUCUUCCAAAGGGUUGUCAGAUGGCAAACAAGUGGGCAAUGGAGCUCAUUCCUACUGCCAUUCGCUGUGUUGGCGAUUUAUAUGAAGUAUGGACUCUAUCAGAUGACAUUCUCUGUCCUAUCUUGCAGUCAGCCUGGGACGCAGUCUACAAAGACAAGAUUCCACACACAGUUACAGCAAACGGGCCUGCCAUUGCCCUUCGGUUGUCGGAGUGGCACAAUAGCAUUAGCAAUGUGGCUCUCAUUGUACUUGCAAACUUCAUGAUCUCACAGGAGGACCUUGACACUGAUCAGGACCGUCAAGAUUUUGCAUUAGGCUUGCUCGAAAAUCUCUGCUUUUUGUUCGGGGACAUCUUAGAGGAUGGAGAGACAUCCAGACCAUUCCAGUCUGACCUCCUUGUGCAGGUCCUCGUGCAGCACAAGUGCGCCAUGUCUGGUGCUGUCAACAUGCCAGGAAUAAACAACACAUUGCUGGGACACUCGAAGGGCACUCUCACUCUCAUUACAGCAGCGGCAUGUAUUUUUUCCCUCCUCAUACAGCUGACACCCUGUAUGCUUCUGAGCGACAUCGACACCGUUGGCAAUGGCCAAAACAACAAGACCCCGCUGCACAUUAAUCUGUCGAUGGGUAAAGAGAGUAGUGUUCCAUUGGCAUUUUCAGAUAUCAAUUGGGGCGUGCAGACCAGGGCUUACAUCAUGUCUAUCAGCCGCUUGCCAGACUCGGUUGUUUACCACAACGCAGAGCUCACACACAACCUUGCCAUGAAGAGGCGUGGCACAUGGAUGGAGGUGGAUGACCAAACUGAGGAUGAGCGAGCCCUCAUUCUCUAA